CUUUUAAUAUAUAAUUUUUUUAGAUGUCUUAGAAAUGGAGUAAACUAGGUAAACAUAAAAAAUGAUAAGUUUUUAUAAGAUUUCAAGUGUUCGGACGCUGUUCCUUCGAUGUAUAUCUCUAACAUAUGCUGUUGCAUUAUAUUCCUUGUACACCCAGAUACCUGGACUCUACGGAGACAAUGGCAUUUUGCCGGCUGUCGGUCAGAUAGAUCAACCAGAAACUAAAACUAAUAUUUUAGGCACGUUAUGGAGGAAUCCGUCUCUAUUUUACUUCUCAUCUAAUAUUGGCCUUUCCAUCGUACAGAUGAUGGAGUUGAUUUGUUUAUUCGGAACUGGCCUUGGUCUUCUGAUAACCUGCCUACCUGACCUCAACAUCAAAUUUACACUUUUCAUUCUUUGGUCAUUUUACAUUUCCAUUUAUAAGGUCGGGCAAACAUUUAUGUGGUUUCAAUGGGAUAUUCUCUUGCUUGAAACUGGAUUCCUUGCUAUUAUUCUGGCCCCAUGGUUACCCGGAUACACAAGAAUACCACUGGUACAGGACCAUAUUUCUUUAUUCCUGGUUCGUUGGCUCCUAUUUAGGAUGAUGUUUGCUAGUGGAGUCGUAAAACUAACAAGUGGAUGUGAUACAUGGUGGGGAUUAACAGCAAUGCCGACCCACUACUUUUCUCAGUGUAUUCCAACCCCUCUGGCCUGGUUUGCCUUUCAACUCCCGACCUGGAUCCAUAAGCUCAGUGUUGCUUCAACGUUUGUAAUAGAGAUACCACUCACAUUCUUGUUCUUCUCCCCUUCAGCGUCCAUGAGGAAGUUUACGUUCGUGAACCAAAUAUUUUUAAUGAUUGUAAUAAUGCUCUCGGGAAACUACAACUUUUUCAACUUUUUGUACAUUGUGCUUUGUUUAUCACUAGCAGAUGACUCCUGGAUUCAAAAAAAAAAAUCUUUUCCCAAGCAGCAUGCAUUAAUCCGUUGUUUUUGUUGUCUGUGUCAUGUAUUGUUUUAUUCUAGUCUCGGCAUCAUCAUAUCCAAACUUUUUGGGAUACAAUUAAAUCCAGACUUUACUAUAGAUUCUCAAAUCGAGUUUACGCGGCAAAGUUUUGAUUUGUUCCUUUCCUACUCUGUUCCAGCUGGAGUUCUACUGGGCGCUGUGGGACUAUUCUAUUCGAUUCUGAUCUCCCUCUACAAUUCUCUAAAUUCGAACAAAGUUUUACUAAAUCUCAUAUCAGUUAUUGCAUAUGCUGGAAUUGGAAUAUUCAUAUUUGGAACCUCAUUGCCAUCCUGCACAGGUCCGCUCAACCUAACAACAUAUGAUCAAUUACCCAAAGUUGUAAAAUCAUGGGAUAAAGCAACAAACCAGUUUGAGCUAACUGGUAGCUAUGGACUCUUUCGACGAAUGACCGGAGUUGGGGGGCGUCCUGAAAUAGUUAUUGAAGGGUCCAAUUCACUCCAUGGGCCAUGGUUGGAAUAUAGUUUUCUGUAUAAGCCUGGUAACACCAGUGUUCCACCGAAGUUCUGUCUACCUCACCAACCACGACUAGACUGGCAAAUGUGGUUUGCAGCUUUAGGUUCGUAUAAGCAUAAUCCAUGGUUUUUAUCGCUAAUUCUUCGACUGUUGGAGGGACGGAAUGAAGUUUUAAACCUUCUGGAUCCUCAGUCUUCGUUUGCUAAAAUUCCUCCAAAAUUCAUCAGGGCUCAGCUGUAUAAAUACACAUUCACUGAGCUGAAUUCUGGUGGUGAAGAUUGGUGGAUUAGACACUAUGAUCGAGAAUAUCUCCCUCCUGUUUCCCUGGAAACUGGACUAGAAAAGAUACUGUCCCAACAAGGAAUUAUUGGAGCAAAGUCUGUUACAGGAACUGGUUGGAUACCUGAUGUGUUAUCUAGUUUCAGGACUCUGAGCACCCAGUCACCUCCUCAUAUUCAGAUUUGGAGUUUCUCAUGGCUGGCAAUUCCUCUUAUUAAACCUUUUAUUUCUUUUUGAUAAAAACUUCUACAAGGCUUGAUUUCAGA